GCGCCGCGCGUAUAUAAGGCGUAGGCCGGCGCAGCCGUUUAACCAGCAAGUGGGAGGCGCGUAGAACAGCAGCAGCGCUAGAAAAGAGAGCGUGGUGUUGUGGUGGCGGUGGCUGAGUGAGUGAGUGAGAGCUGAACUGAGUAGUGGGAGGGCGUGCACGAAGGGGAGCGGAGGGAAGGGAGGAAAGAGACGGCACCACCCACACGACACAGGCGCACACGCGCGCACACUGCACCAGACACGCCAAAGCGUUAUUUUAAGGGCGGCGCCACCACUAUUGUCGCCUCCUUCCUCCCUACUACUUCCAGUCUGAACCUUCUUCCCUCUCUCUCUUGCUUCUUCUCUCUAGCCAGAGAGGAGGGUCAGAGGGGGGCGGGCAAGAAAGCCGCCACAGCAGUGAAGUGAAAUUGUAGGGUGCAGCACGGCAGCGGGUGGCAAUGGAGACCGGCGGCAGCGUUGGCGGCGGCGGGGGAGACGACGUCCACGGGCUCAAGUUCGGCAAGAAGAUCUACUUCGAGCAGGACGCGGCAGGCGGGAGCGGGACGGCGGGGGCGGGUGGCAGGAAGGGGAAGGGCGCGGCGGGGGCCGGGACCGGGACCGGGGCAGCUUCCUCGGCCGCGGCCGCUGCCACGCAGCCGCCGAGGUGCCAGGUGGCGGGGUGCGGCGUGGAUCUGAGCGGCGCGAAGGCAUACUACUGCCGGCACAAGGUGUGCUCCAUGCACUCCAAGGCGCCGCGCGUCGUCGUCGCCGGCAUCGAGCAGCGUUUCUGCCAACAAUGCAGCAGGUUCCACCAGUUACCUGAAUUUGACCAAGGAAAACGUAGCUGCCGCAGACGCCUCGCUGGUCACAACGAGCGCCGGAGGAAGCCACCACCUCGCUAUGGCCGUCUUGCUGCAUCAUUUCAAGAACCUGGCAGGUUCAGAAGCUUCCUGUUGGAUUUCUCGUACCCAAGGGUUUCGAGCAGCGCGAGGGAUGUGUGGCCAACCAUUCAGCCCACCGAUCGGAUGUCGGCUGCUAUCCAGUGGCAAGGGAACCAUGAACUUCAUCCUCACCGCAGUGCAGUUUACAGCGACCAUGCAUACAGUGGCCAUGGUGGCUCGGCGGCGGGGCAACCAAUGCUCCCUGCCUUCGAGCUUCCGCCAGGCGGAUGUGUCGCAGGAGUUGCCACCGACUCCAGCUGUGCUCUCUCUCUUCUGUCAACCCAGCCAUGGGAUGCUACCCAAAGUGCCAGCCACCACCGGUCCCCAGCAAUGUCCACGGCCAGCGCCUUUGAAGGCACUCCGGUGACGCCCUCGGUCAUGGCGAGCAACUACACUGCGGGAAGCUCCUGGACUAGCUCCCGGGGCCAUGCUGAGGGCGCCAGGAACGUGCAGCAUCACUCGCCGGCGCACGAGGAUGCUCUGAAGCUGGUCCAUCCAGGCUCGGUCCACCACGGCCACUUCUCUGGCGAGCUUGAGCUUGCGCUGCAGGGAAGCGGGCCGCCGAACCCGCCGCAAGUCGGCCAUGGCACGCCCGGCACCUUUGGCCAGUCCAGCAAUGCAAUGAACUGGUCCCUGUGAGGACGGUCACGGACCCUUUCCCGGCGCUGCCUCCGGUCGCCACGCCAUGAGACAUGGAGCACUUGGGCGGCCUGAUUUUGUGCGCCUUACCUUGCCGUUUUGGUUUUCAGGGUGGAAAUGGAAUUCCUAACUGGUAGCUCGUGAAUUCCCUUCCCGUCUAGCGCAAUGCGUCCAUGAACUCGAUCAAAUACCUGAUCCUAUAAAUGUAGAACUCAGUAGCCUGAAUUAUUCAACUAUCAAUGCUUGCCAAGUGACCCAUUAUUAUUC